CAGGAGCACCAUGAAGACCUCGCUGCUGUUCCUUGCUCUCACAGCCUUCGUUGCUGCCGACAAAAUCCCGACUUCGUCGUACCGGAAAAUGUCCCUUGACGAGAGAAGCCUCUAUGAGCAGCAAAGGCCUAAUCAUCCAAAGUAUGCUGGCGUGUGGUAUGAAAUAGCCAUCACAAACAACCCUUACCAACUUAUCCGCCAGUGCGUCCGCAACGAAUAUACCUUUGAUGGAACCAAGUUCAACGUCAGAUCCACUGGUAUUGACGCCAGAGGAAGCCCAAUGACACGAAAUGGCCAGGUUCUGCCGAAUCCUUUCGGAGAAGCUCAUCUGUCCGUGGACUAUGAAGGAUCGUGGAUUGCUCCCUACGUGAUUCUGGACACCGACUACGAGAACUUCUCGUGCAUCUACAGCUGCUCCGGAUACAACUUCGGCUACUACUCCGACUUCGCCUUCAUCUUCUCCCGCUCGCCAACUCUCGCUGACAGAUACUACAGGCGUUGUGAAGCCGCCUUCAUGAACAUCGGUGUUGAACCCUCUCGCUUCAGCAAGACAACCCAGGGUUCAUCCUGCCCCUACAGCAGCCAUAGGUCUUGGUAAAAUGUCAGUAAAUUGCUCUAUAUGGAUAGAUA